ACAUACAACUACUACAACUUGAGAACUACUACUGCUGCUUCAACGGAAUACUAAGUUGAGUCGUCAAUAUGGGUGCUGUGGUUUCUUGUAUCACUAGUAUCUUCCACGCCAUCGGCGCUUGCCUGAUGGGCAUUGUCAACACAAUCGGUGCUGUCUGCAAAGCCAUCAUCGACGGUGUCGUUACCCUCUUCGACGUGAUCAUCUCAUGCCUGACCUGCGGAUCUUGUGGUGGAAGGAGGAGAAGAACGCGGAGGUCAAGAGUCUGACAUCAAUUAAAUACGAGACAUGUCCUCCGACCUUGACCUCGACCCUUGACUUGAACGCCAUGACGUUAUGACGGAUAUAAAUAUGGAUAUCAGUUCGGAGUUUCUGUG